CCUCGUCCAAUCACCGUUCGCGCACUGAUAACGGCCAAGUUUUGAACCAAACAGCGGCUUAGCCAUUUUUUUAAACAAACUCUUUUAGCUCAGUUGCCACUUUUCAUUCGUUUUAAUGGAAGCUCAAAUGAAACAACAACUGACCUUGAACGACCUCCGAUACAAACGAUCGUUGCGUCGAAUUAUCGACAAGUACAGCUUUAUGGCAUGUUUAGACGAGACGAUGGAUGUGGACCUCAAUAUCACCAGCGGAGACGAACUCGCACACUACAUGUUGCUGACGAAAAAGCAGUUUCGGGAGAUGAAAUCAAAGAGCUUGUUGGAUUCAAGAGAUGACCUAUUCCAGUCACACAAUUCUUCCUUGACUGCACAGCUGGACCAGACCGAGCAAGAUGGCAGAGAUGAAACUGUUUCUUCCUGGAUGUUCACCGAUGGUGAUGAUGAUGAUGACAAUGGAGCGUCAAUUGCGCAUCCCCAGCAAAGUCCGCUCGACGGCACUCAGAGAAAUUUAUUUGAGACUGACGUCCUGCCCGAGGACCAGGAUGAGGAGCUGGAGAUGAGCAUGAGGAGUCAAGGCAGCACUUUGUUCGAGCUCUACCCCGGCAUGCUCGAGCGAAUCGGACGGGCCAGUCACUGGUGGCACGUCACUAAUGUGGCGGACGGCGUGCGCCACAAGUACCGCAAGUUGCGACGGCAGCCCAGCAGAGGCAACCACAUCCAAACCUCGGUCGGGGACGACAGACAAACCGCGAGCAAGAAAGGGACUGUGAAUCCCGGAUCCAAUUGUAGCAGCUGGCAGCGCUUCCCUUUGAGGGAUCAGAACGUUCUGGUCCUUGCGUCUCCAAAACCUAAAAGCAAACCAAACGAGACCUUCAUCGUGGGAGAACGCCCCCCUUCUGAAGUUUCCUCAGACAUGUUGCUAGAAUCCAGAAAACUUAUGGGAGAGCAGCCAUCCUCAUGCUUCUUAAGUCCUUCGCAGUCUUCUGAUGGUUCUUCAGGAGUGUCUUUGGACCGGCCCCGAAGCGCCAGAAAGCUUUUUCUCAGUGUUGACAGAAAUAAUCAGCAGUCUUCAUGUAGACUUAGUCCUUUACAGUCUCCUGGUUCCUCUUUGAGACCAUCCUUGGGCCUGCCCCUAAUAUCCAAGGAGGUUUCUCUCUCUGCUACUACAGGGCAGCCAUCCUCUUGGGUCCUCAGUCCUUCGCGGUCUUCCGGUUCAUCCUCUAUCCAGUCCUUGAAUACCAAAAGUCUUUCUAGCACUACUUCCCCUACUUCAAGGGUUAUCAGUCCUUCACAGCCCUCUAGUCCCUCCGCAGACUUGUCUUUGAGGUCUAAAAGUUCCUUGUGGCUGCUCAGUCCUUCGCAGUAUUUUGGUCCCUCUGAGGAUCAGUCCCUGAGGUCCAUAAGAAUUUCUAAUGUUGCUGCUCAAGAGCAGAAGCAGCCAUCCUCGUGCGUCCUCAGUCCUUCGCAGUCUUCUAGUCCCUCCAAAGGCUUGUCUCUUAAGUAUAAAAGGCUUGCACUCUCCGCUGCUCAAGAGGAGAAGCAGCCAUCCUCGUGUGUCCUCGGUCCUCCGCAAUCUUCUAGUCUCUCUGGAGACUUGUUUCUGAGGUCUAAAAGGCUUGCACUUUCUGUUGCUCAAGAGCAGAACCAGCCAUCCUUGUGCAUGCUCAGUCCUUCGCAGUCUUUUAGUCCUUCCAAGGAUCAGUCCCUGAGGUCCAAAAGACUUUAUAAUACUCCUGGUCAAGAGCAGAAGCAGCCAUCCUCGUGUGUCCUCAGUUCUUCACAGUCUUCUAGUCCUUCCAGAGACUUGUCUCUGAGGUCUAAAAGGCUUGCAAUCUCUGUUGCUCAAGAACAGAAGCAGCCAUCCUGGUGGAUGCUUAGUCCUUCGCAGUCUUUCGAUCCCUCGAAGGAUUGGUCCCUGAGGUUCAAAACACUUUAUAAUACUCCUGGUCAAGAGCAGAAGCAGCCAUCCUCGUGUGUCCUCAGUCCUUUGCUGUCAUCUUAUCCCCAUUCAGACUUGUCCAUAAGUCCAAAAAAAUGUUUUUCCUCCGCCUGCAAUGCUUCUGGAAGCACCCAAUUUAAAGAGCGAUCUGACCUUGAUGUUUUACCAGUAAAGCAUGGACCCAUAAAAGAAGGGGUUGUGAUCUGGGAAGGCCUCACGAGAUCUCCUCAGCCCUACUCUCAAAGCACCAGCUCCGCUCAUGUGCUCUACUGCGUCACGUCCCGACCUCCCCCUCUACGAAACCCACUUACGCACCAGAUACGCGACCCCAAGUCCAGCUCGGUCUCCUCUUUAAACGGCCGCGAUCACCUCUGGCGGCACAACUCAACUGACUCUUCCCAUACAUCGAGCUGCUUAACUUACUCAGAAAAGGACCUGGAUGACGAUUAUGUUAGGCAAUACCACAAGUUUGUUUGCCAAAGCGAAGCCUUCAACGGGCCCCCCUGCCGAACGUGCGCCGGGAGCGCCCAUGGCCAUCGACGACAUUCCUCCCAAUCGCUGGCGGCACUGGCAUUGUCUCCCCACCGCUUAAGGCUGAAGAAGCGCCACCGAGAUUCGGAGUGGGAGAACCUGUUCCAUUCCAAGCGCUGGAGUCCCUACUCUCCAGGGUCCAAGCGGCACAGAAACGAAGUGCUCAGACGCCGUCUCUGUUACCGUGACCGAGAGGCUCCUCGGGGUGGAGUCUUCGAGGACAGCGCGGUUCGAAGUUUCAACAGUCGACCGCAGUUGGAAGAGGACUACCUACUCGGAAUUCCAGGAGAGGAAAAUAUGUCCGCAAGCUACUAAGCUAUUGGUGACUCCGUGUGCCAGAUCGCUCAAGGGGAAGAGUCAUGUGUAAUGUAUUUGUGUGUAUUUUUGUAGCGUUAGUAACAAGUUAGUUGAAAUAAAAGGAGUGAAAUGUAAAAAUCCAA